CAAAGUAUGACAGAGAGCCACGUAGUUCAUCAGGAACCAUGGAAAUCUCCUGUUCUCUUGUCCAGUGAUUCCCCUCAAACUGACAGGAUGCACGCACAAACUCAUAGCGAUCAACAUAUAAAAGACCGAAGCAGAGUAGAGAGACCUAGCUAUUCAGGGUAACAAAGAGAAACGGGGCAAAAAAGCAUGGGACUGAGAGCCCUUCCCUUGCCAUCUUCGCCCACCACUUUGGGCUAUCUUCCACAUGCUGCGAGAGGGGUUAGGAUUAGUAAUUGUAAGUUCAGGGUCUUGGCUCAAUCGGAGAAGGGGAAGAAGGAAGAGGGCGAGAAGAAGAAGCAGAGCAAGCAGUCUCUGUUCGGGAGUGUGACCGACGCUCUUGACUUUGCUCAAGUGAGGUCUACAGAAGAUGCGGAUCUCCUUGAAGAUGCCAGAGCGGCCACUCGGUCCGGUGAGAGGAUGUCCAGAGAGCAGUAUGGGGCUCUCAGAAGGAAGAUUGGAGGGACAUACAAGGAUUUCUUCAAAUCGUACAUCGAAGUGGAUGGGCAAUAUGUGGAAGAAGGGUGGGUGGACAAGACGUGCAAGAUAUGCAAGAAGGACACAAAGGGUGAGCCGAGGCAGGUGGACAAGCUUGGGAGAUAUGCGCAUGUCGCUUGCCUGGACAACUCCAAGUCAUCAGGCAACUUCUUCACCAGGCUCUUCUCCAGAUAACAGAGAGGAGAACUUGGAAGCUGCUCCUUAAUCUCCUUCUCUAGUUGUAUUGUCAUACAUAAUUUUGGUAGACCAAAUAGUACCCAACGUUGUCUGAAAUGCAUGUUCUCUUCCGGAAUGUCACCAUCAGGAUUGCUCUUAUCCAAGUCUUCAAAUUGCUGUUGGGGGAUAGGCUAUACCUUUCGAGUGGAUAUAGAUUGUUUUUAUCUUUUGACACACGGGUGAAAUGUCACUUCCGUUUAGUUUCUUGGACCGUGUCGCUUCAUAAGAAAUGAUUGAACUUUAAGCUCAAAUCCGUUAUUUUAUGACGGGACGAGCUAAAAUUGCGU